AUGGGGGCUCUUCUUCCUAGCCUAUUACUUCUGUCCUUUGUUGUCCUGGGGGCGCCGGAUAAUAGAGGAAAAGAGUUUGUUAUCGGCUUCAUGGAAAAUAUUGCCUUAAGCAUCAAAGUGGAGUUAUUCGUGACGACAUCAAGGACUAGACCAGUGUCUGUGAAAGUCGACUCACCGAAAUCUUCCAGCCCGAGGAUUUCCGAAAGUUUCAGCGUGGUUGCUGGACAGGUCAAACAGCUAUUCUUCGAUCCAAGAAUCCGAAUGUCUGGAUGCUCUAAGUCCAGCAAAGGUAUCCGAAUUGUUGCCUCUGACGAAGUGGUCGUUUACGGCGUUAACAAAGAGAGGUACUCCUGUGACGGGUUCGUAGCUCUACCCAUUGACGUACUAUCAGACGAAUAUUACGUAGUCACGUGGUACCCUCCCAGCAAGCAGUGCGAGUUGCUUGUGGUUGGCGCUUAUGAUGGAACAAAAGUCAGUGUUAAAGUUGGAGAACAUGUAGGAAGUCGGUACAUUUAUUACAACAGAAAUAAGUAUUACAAAGGCAAGACGGUCUCAGAAACCCUUAAUAAAUACGACACAUGGCAGUUAGUAAUGACUGGAGAUCUCACCGGGUCCUACGUAAAAUCAUCCCGCCCCGUGGCAGUUUUCUCCGGAAACAGGAAAACACGAAUCGGAAGGGGGAGUUCCUCUGACCAUCUAGUGGAACAGAUGACACCAGUGAAAACAUGGGGUAAGGAGUUUGCCACCGUCCCCAUUCCACUCAGAACUGUUGGGGACUACUUCAAAUUUAUUGCCAGUGAAGACAACACCAGAGUUACCAUAUCUGGCGGGUACCGCUCCUCUUUCACAAUCUCAAGGAAGGGACAAAUGGUACAGAAGCUGAUCUCAUCCAAGGCGUAUUGUCUGGUGAAGGCAUCCAAACCCAUCUUAGUGGUCCAGUUCGUUCAAUCUCAGCAGAGCUCAAGAGAGCAGUCUGAUCCCGCCAUGAUGAUUAUCCCGCCAAUGGAGCAGUUCGGAGCAGACUAUACAUUCUCCACACCCAAAUACUCCCUUGGUUCCUACAACAAUUACUUCAUGUUCAUUGUGAAGAAAAGCGAAUACAAAGGUCUGCGAUUGGACGGGAAGGCAUUCCCAUCCAAUACUCGUUAUAAUUCUAUAUCCGGCACAGACUUGGUAGGUGGCUAUAUUUCUGUUAGGGAAGGUUCCCACACAGUUCGUCACACUUCACCGAUUUCCAUCUUUGGAGGCUUCUUGUACGGACAGGCUAACUACGAAACCUACGGCUUCACUACAGGAAUGCGAAUGGCUAAUGUCAAUGCUGUUUGUAUCAAAACCCCGACCAGAGUAGGAGACGGUAUUGACAAUGAUUGUGACGGAAAGAUUGACGAGGAACUGUGCACACCCGAAAAUAGGAGAAGGGAUGAUGACGGAGACGGCAGAAUUGAUGAAGAUUGUGCCACACCUCCUCCAAUUGACGGGAAGUGGGGAUCUUGGGGUUCCUAUGGCUCUUGUUCCUUAAAGUGUAUGUCCUCUUCCUCCAGUCGGGGGCUGCGAACCAGGACACGACCCUGUAAUAAUCCCGCGCCUGCGUAUGACGGCAAACAGUGUGUUGGAAGCGCCACCUCUACGACUAGUUGUACGGUGUCUACGUACUGUCCAGUGAACGGUAAUUGGGGUUCCUGGGGCCGAUGGUCCUCUUCCUGCUCAAAGACCUGUGGGACAGGGGUGCAGACUAGAGUUCGUCCCUGCAACAAUCCAUCCCCAAGAUAUGGAGGGAAAACUUGCUCUGGAACCUCCACUUCGACCAAAUCCUGUAUCACAAAGUAUUGUCCAGUUAACGGAGGCUGGGGGUCUUGGGGUUCUUGGGGAAGUUGUGACAAGAGUUGCGGGGGAGGUACAUCCAAGCGCUAUAGGAGCUGUUCCAGGCCCUACCCUAGAUAUGGUGGAAAAACCUGUCCUGGAUCAUCGUACCUCUCACGAAGCUGUAAUACAGGGGCGUGUCCAAUUAAUGGCGGUUGGACAAAAUGGGGAUCUUGGGGUUCGUGCUCUACGACUUGUGGAUAUGGACGGCAGUAUCGGAAGCGAUCUUGCACAAAUCCAACACCAAAAUAUGGCGGCAAGACCUGUUCUGGCAGCUCAUCUUACUAUAAAUACUGCAGAUUGAAGACAUAUUGUCCAGUUAACGGCGGCUGGUCUAAGUGGGGUUCGUGGGGCUCCUGUUCAAAACCUUGUGGAAUUGGAAAAAAAUCGCGCACACGUACAUGUACUAAUCCAGCACCAAAAUAUGGCGGCAAGACGUGCUCGGGAUCUUCCUCCUACGGCAUCUAUUGUAACACUCAACCUUGUGCAGUUAACGGCGGUUGGUCUUCAUGGGGAUCUUGGGGUUCGUGUUCCAAACCUUGCGAAACUGGAAAGAAGGAGCGCACGCGUACUUGUACUAAUCCCGCACCAAAAUAUGGCGGCAAGGCUUGUUCUGGAUCCUCCUCUGAUGGAACGUAUUGUAAUACUCAAUCCUGCCCAGUCCAUGGCGGAUGGGAUAAAUGGUCGACUUGGUCGCGCUGUUCUCGGGCUUGUGGAGGCGGAAGUCAGUACCGGAAAAGAUCAUGCACGAAACCAACACCAAGAUAUGGCGGAAAGAAAUGUUCCGGAAGUGAGGACGACAAAAGAAGUUGCAACACCCAUAAUUGUGCAUUGGACGGAAACUGGUCUUCUUGGUCCAGGUGGGGUGCCUGCACUGUAUCUUGUGGGGGUGGUAGUCAGAAACGCUCCAGGGGUUGUACAGACCCUGCUCCUAAACACGGAGGGAAAGACUGUGCUGGAUCUUCUGGUGACAAGAGAACGUGCAACACAAAGGGUUGCCCAAUUGAUGGCGGUUACACCAAAUGGUCUUCCUGGUCCAAGUGCUCAGCAGCCUGCGGGGGCGGAUCUAGUACAAGGUCACGCUCCUGUACAAGCCCCGCCCCUCAGUUUGGUGGCAAAUCGUGUUCUGGUGCAGCUUCCGAGAAGAAAAACUGCAACACCCACAACUGUCCAGUACACGGCGCCUUUACUCUGUGGUCCUCUUGGACGAAAUGCACGAAGUCUUGUGGAGGUGGUAGCAGAUCUCGAUCCCGAUCCUGCACAAACCCCGCCCCCCAGUAUGGCGGAAGAUCUUGUUCCGGUGACACUGACGAGAAAGAAGAUUGUAACACUAAACCUUGUCCAAUUGACGGAGGCUAUACCAAGUGGACUUCCUGGACCACGUGUUCUGUCACGUGUGGAGGUGGUUCGCAGAAAAGAAGAAGAUCCUGUACAAAUCCCGCCCCACAAUAUGGCGGAGCUGAUUGUUCCGGGGCUUCUUCUGAAAAACAAAACUGUAACACACACCACUGCCCAAUUGAUGGAGCUUUCACUUUAUGGUCCUCAUGGGACAAGUGUUCUGUCACGUGUGGGGGAGGUACACAGAAACGAGGCCGAUCUUGUACAAACCCCGCCCCUCAAUAUGGUGGCGCCAUUUGCUCCGGUGACAAAGCAGACGAGCGGGAUUGUAAUACGAAACCAUGUCCAAUUGAUGGCGGUUUCUCUCGUUGGAGUAAGUGGACAACGUGUUCUGUGACCUGUGGGGGUGGGUCGCAAUCACGUCAACGCACCUGUACUAACCCUGCCCCUCAAUACGGCGGAAAAGACUGCACAGGGGACCUAACUGAGGAUCAACGUUGUAACACACAAAAUUGUCCAAUUGAUGGUGGAUUUACGGAUUGGACAACGUGGUCGUCAUGUACAGUCUCUUGUGGAGGUGGAUUCCAGGAAAGAAAACGCUCUUGUUCCAACCCCGCCCCUCAAUAUGGCGGCGCCAAGUGUUCCGGAGCACCAGUCGAGAAACAGACAUGUAACACUCAAGAAUGCCCAAUUGAUGGUGCCUUUACGGACUGGAGUAAAUGGUCCACCUGUUCAGCCACUUGUGGCGGUGGUACCCAGUCCAGGGAUAGGACGUGCUCCAACCCAGCACCUCAAUACGGUGGCGCCGACUGUACCGGCCAGAAAACACAGGACCAAAGUUGUAACACGCAGAACUGUCCAAUUGAUGGAGAGUGGGCAACUUGGAGUAAGUGGGAUACCUGUACAGUCACCUGCGGUGGUGGAACCCAGACACGCUCACGUGCAUGCUCCAACCCCGCCCCUCAGUAUGGUGGCGCUUCCUGUUCAGGAACGUCCUCCGAUAUGCAGAACUGUAACACUCACAACUGUCCGAUUGAUGGCGCGUUUGCUGAUUGGUCAACCUGGGGAGUCUGCAGCGCUACUUGUGGUGGAGGAACGCAGACACGUGACCGCACUUGCACCAAUCCAUCACCCCAAUAUGGCGGCGCUGAUUGUGCCGGAAGAAAACAAGAUUCACAGGACUGUAACACACAAAACUGUCCAAUUGAUGGUGGUUUGUCACUUUGGAGUUCUUGGAGCACGUGUACCGCGGCAUGUGAUGGCGGUACACAGGAACGAACACGCACGUGCACAAAUCCUGCCCCACAGUAUGGUGGGAAAUCAUGCACGGGGUCAACCUCAGAAUCUCAGAGCUGUAACACUCAACCUUGUGUCGUGAAUGGCGGCUGGGCUAGCUGGGGACCUUGGGGCACUUGUUCAGUCACAUGUGGUGGAGGAAAACAUUCCCGAGCCCGAACCUGUACCAACCCUACACCAGUGAAUGGAGGACUCGAUUGUCCUGGGGAUUCCAGCGAACUAGGGGAUUGUAAUAAUCAAGCCUGCCCGGUUCCAGUCGCGGGACAAUACGUUCAGCUUUGUCCAGUUGGCUGGUUUACCUGUCAGUCAGGCGGUAUCACGUGUAUAGACUCCUCCUUUAAAUGUGAUUGCUCCAAUGACUGCGAUGACGGAAGUGACGAGUCAGAGACGUACGCUUCCUGUCCUGCCGGAUUCAAAGACACUUGCAAAGCUGGAUCAGCUCGAGUUUUCUCGUCGCCCCUGAUCUUGUUAGCCACUCUUCUCAGUGUAGUAUUUGCUUACUUCAUUCACUAG